AUGGUGGGAAAUGUGUGGAUUGGGUGGUAUAUUUGGAAAGACCGAAACAACUUGGUUUUCAACCAUCAUCCUAUAGAGCCCUCCUCAACGUUAUAUCGAGCUCGAGUGGCGAAGGAGGAGUUCGACUCAGCUACUGCUCCUGGGGCUGUGAGGCAACACCAAAGUCUGCUGGAUUGUCUUUCAAGGGUGGCCGGCUGGCAAGCCCCCAGCACCGGGUCUUUCAAAAUUAACUGUGAUGUGGCUAUCAAAAUGGGUUCUCAUUCGGCUUCAACUGCGGUACUUCUACGAGAUGAUCGGGGUAAUUUGAUUGAUGGAGAUACGCAAAGGUGGAGGGUCAGUUCCUCUUUGCAAGGCAAAGCUUUAGCUUGCCGGAGUGCAUGUCAAUUAGAGGUGGCUUGUAACCUUAACUCGGUAGAGAUCGAAGGGGACAACAAAGAUGUUAUCAGUUUGUGUGUUUCCGAAGACGCCCCGCCGUGGGAGUGUGGAGCCAUCUUCAAGGAUAUCAAGAGAUUGGCGACUCAGGGGCACUUCUCCUUUCAUUGGAGUCCUCGAACAGCCAACAAAGCCGCACAUUGGGUGGCCCAAGCUUCCCUCUAUGGUCGACUCCCUCUUAACUGGGUGGGACAGCCACCAGCUGCCUUGGCGCUCUUGCUGAAUGCCUCUUAA